AUGCCUGGCUGGGCCACGCUGUUCGAGUCUUUCUUGAGUGGCCUGAUCGACGGCCGUGACGUAUGGAGUUUGGCCUUUGACGUGUUGAAGAUUGGCUUGCAGCUCACCGUCCAAACUGGUCAGGAGUUGUCCUCCGAGGGGAAGCUGGUGACGAUCCAGGGAGAUGUGACGCCGCAGGUGCCGCGCUUGCCGAUCCCCGUGGAGAGCGGUAGGAGGAAGACAAUCAUCGGCGUGCCGGGCGAGGCCGAGAAGAAAGUGAAAGCGGAGAAGGUGGAGAAGCCGGCGCCGGAGGCGCCAGAGCCCGAGGCGCCGGAGGCGCCGGAGGCGCCGGCGCCAGCGCCCUCUUCGGAGGCGCCGGAGGAGAAGCCGCAGGUGAUGGGUCAGCCCCCGGUUGAAGACUCGGAGCCGCAGGUCCGAGAGGCUCCGAAGGCCAAGGUGCUGGCGCCAGAGGCUCCGGCCCCGGAGCCCGAGCCGAAGGUCGAGCGCAGCGAGUCCCCGCCCAAGGGCAAGGUCCGGGUGAAGAGCCGGCAGCCAUCCCUCGUGGAGGACUCUCGAAAUGUCCGGGCAGAGAACCUGCAAGAGCUUCUUCAGGAGGUCUACGACAAGUUCCGCAGAUGCUCCGCGCAGCUUCGGGAGGCGGAGACCAAGAAGGUGCAGGCGGCGCAUACUCCAGGUGCGGAGGACACCGACCUGGCUGAUACCUGGCAGGAAGUGGAAUGGCUGCGCCAGGCUGUGGUGGGCAUGCACAGCCACCUGCUGCUGGCUCAGAAGCGACAAAACGUCUUGGAGAAGAAGUGUCAAGAGUUCCGGGACCGCAUCUCCGAAGCCAAAGGCACCAGCGCCACAGCGUCGGCGGUGUCUCAAGCCACAGUGGUGUCCCAGGCAACGGCGAUGUCCCAAACCACCCAGGAGCCGCCCCGCACCCCGGACGUGCCGCCGCCCGAGCGCCUUGCGGCGCCGCAGCGGGGCCGCGGGCCGGUGGCCAUGAACUGCCUUCAGCCGCCGCCGGCACAGAUGCGUGCGAGCUCUGCUCCCCAGGUGGGCCUGGUGCGGCGCCAGGUGAGCCAGGCUCAGCCCCUCGCCUCGCCCCUCACCUCCUCUGAGCUUAUGCUGCCGUCCCCGCGGCUCCACGUGCGGGCUGAGGUGCCCGCAGACGUCCGACUGGCGCCGGUCUACGCCUCGCCAUUGACCUCCUCUCGCAGCGCUGGCCCAGGGCCGCAAGCGCCCACUUAUGUGUCCGCGUACCAGGCUGCGCCGAGGGAACUGUCUUCCACACCGCGGCGCGCCCCGAAGGUUGAGGGCGCAGUGAUCCUGCUGCCAUCACCCCGCGGGAUGAGCGCCUCCCCCAUGGCCCCGGUCGCCCCGGGCAUGGGCGUGAGGGCCUGGCUCUCACCGACUCCGGCCUCCCCCAGCGCAGGUCUCCCAGGGCUUCUGUAUGGGCAUGCGCCUGCGUUUCUGCAGGGGCCCGCGCUGUCGAGACCACAAGUCCUGCCAGGAUCCUGGUCCGUACCAGCGCCGCCCCAACUCGCCAGCCCAGUGCCGUCGCAGAGGUUUCCCAUCUUCGCUCAGAGCUCCCGAAUCUGA